CAUACCUUACGUGGCUUGGAUCUCAGUCCACUCCCUGGUGGGCCACUUGUCGUUAUGACACCGACGGACUACAAGCAAACAUCCCUGGCAAAUUUCAACAUACUUAUCCCACAGAGCCAAUCAGGUACAUGCCACCAGUUCGAGUUUAUGAACAUCCGGGGACACGAAUGUUUUAACUGUACCGCACCACUCUGGUAUGGAAAAGCUGAAAAUUUCUUACACACAGACAGUGACACAAAUAUCUGUGAACUCAACGUAAAGACUUUUGCAGUUUACAGCGAAGACAACUUUGGUAGUUGUGUCACUGUUAAUCCAUUACACCUAUGUUAG